UAUAUGAUAAACAGUAGUGCAAAAUUGGCUGGCAGACCAGGUGGACAAAGCAGGCACACAGUCUUAGUUUAAACUCGUGUUGCUCUUACAGGUUAAUCACCAUCCAUUGUGAAGUUAUAUCUUUAGCUCAUUAUGUUGUGCAACGAGCAGUUAUUGCGCAAUAUAUGUGGCUCAAACAGAGAUUAGUUCAGCCGGGGAAAAAAAAAAUCAUCUUCGUCUUGGGACAGUUAAGUAGAGAUAGCAUCGAGCUCCACCCCCAGAACUAUCUUCACUGUACUGCAGAUGUGAUGGAGAUUUUGAUUCAUUGAUUCGAAUCUUUUACUGUCAGAAUACUCACGAUUCUGAUUCACUCGUCUUUUGGGUGAGUAUUUUUGAAGGCAACGGCGAGAGCGAGUCAUACAACCGCUUGGUUCAAUUCGCCAUUAUCGCUCUUCAGUUUUUGGUGAUCAGUAUUUCAGUUCAGUUCGUUCAGACUCCUCAACUCUAGCCCUCAAGGUGCACUUUCCUGCAGAGUUUAGCCCCAAGCCUAAUCAAACAUACCCGAACAAACUAAUCGAGUUCAUCACAAUUGCGAGGGGGUUAAAGGCAGUUGAGUUUGAUCGAGGUUGGAUCCAAACCCCAGAAAAACGGAUCUCGAGUGCCAGAGUUGGAAACUGCUCAAAUCGUAUCUCUCCUAGCGGGCGAUUUGCUCGCUGUUAUGUAGAUUUAGAGGUGGACGAAAUUGUGUGAAGCUGUCGAAAAACAUUUCGAAAAGCUACAGAUUUGCAAACCAUUCUGAUUCUGAAGAGGUCGCAUACUCAUCAAAACGCCCACAACAUGUGCACCCUCGCAAUUAUAUUCGAAAGCUUCGGUGCACAAAAAGAGAGAACGAUAUCGGUUCACUUAUAAGAUUCGUUCAAACCAACCGAUUCGCUCGCUUAAAGGAUUCGUUCGAAAGUCGUUCACGAAACAAACGCCGCUUGCUGCAAUGAACUUCUUCAGCGUGGAUAAGUUCUCCGACACUCAUCGCCGCGCGCUCCCUGGGUCCCUGUCGAAGAAGGGCUCUAACUAGGGCUCUCCGCUGCAUAGUUCGCUGUGUUCCGAGGUGAACUAUCGCCGCACGGAUUAGAGUCGCCUUUCUCUUUAAUUCAGCUGGAUGUUUUAUUGCGGAGCCCCCACAAAAUGUGAGAGGGCGGGCCGCGCAGCAGCAGCAGUGCAGUGAGUUGUCAAAAAUCUGUUGUGGCGCUGACGCCGAGGGUCCAGAACGCCCACUACGGCGAAUAGACGCGAAGUUUGACUCGCCAGGGAUGAUUGUUGCAAACCUUACGACCGCGACUGCCCUUUUGCAUUGAGCCGGACGAUAAUGCAGCGCUUUGUCUCACUGCAACUUCGGGCGGCGGACAGGCGCAAGGGCGCGGGCAGCGCAUAGUUACCCAGUGCGCAAGUGUCAUUACCCCAAACAACUGCGCCUCCGACCGCAGCGGGAUGCCUCUGAUCAGCCUCGACGACGACGAGCAGAGAUGGGUCCCGACGCACGUCAACGUGACCGUCCUUCGCGCGAGGGGUCUGCGCACGAAGGGCAAGCAAGGCAGCCGCUACGUUUACACCAUCAUCCAGGUCGGCAAGGAGAAGUACACCACCGGCCUGGUGGAGAAGGCUGAGGAGCCGCAGUGGAGCGAGGAGUGCUCCUUCGAGCUGCUGCCUGGGCUGCUGGAGGCGGGAGGGAUGAGCGGCAACCUGGUGCUUACCGUCAUGCACCGCGUGCUCAUCGGGCUCGACGUGUUUCUCGGUCAGGCUGUUAUCCCCCUCGACAAAGUUUUUCAGGAUGGAAUGUGUCCCAGAAAUGAGUGGCUCAAGCUGCACUCCAAGCCUGGUCGCAAGGAGAAGGAGCGGGGCGAGCUGCAGGUCACCGUCCAGUUCACCCGCAACAACAUGACCGCUAGCAUGUACGAUCUGACCAUAAAGGACAAGCCCCGUUCUGCGUUUGGAAAGCUGAAGGACCGCGUCACUGGGAGAAAGAGAGGAGACGUUGAAUCCUCCUCUGCCAUUUUGCCUGGUCGCUACGCCGCACUCUCAGGCUCUGUAGGUCCUCCCUUUGCAGGAGAUGGUGGACCAGAUGAGCUGGGUGAGGAAGAGGGGGCCGAUGUACACCGGAGCAAGGUGAAAGACUUCUUCCUUAAGGGGAAACUGCGCAAGAAUUCAGACACGCGGUCGUGUUCGUCAUUGGCGUCAGACAGUAGCAUGGCAUCCUCUGCUGGGGAUCCGUUCAUCUCCGUAGAGCUGUCCAGAACACCCAUCUACAGCAGCAGAGUGAUGGAGCCUUUCCGAAUGGACUCUGAAGGUGGGAUAAAAGUGAUGACCCACAAGCGCGCGCACAGUGAUGAAGCCAGUAAGAUCACAGGUAUUCCUCAUCCCAGCCCCGCUGUGGAAAACCUAAAAGGCCAAAGCAUGCCGCUCUCCAAAUCAACCCUGUGCAUCAACGGAAGCCAUAUCUACUCGUCCGAGCCUGUAAGCCCUAAGAGUCCAAGCGCCAUCCCGGCCAAGCGCUCCUUGCUUGAGAAAUGUGCACCCCUUUCUCGCUCUCUCCAGAACCUGACCCGUCGUGGUGAAGAUUCACAGAAGAGCGAUGGGAGGCGUUGGUCCAUUGAAAAGAGCAAGAAGGAGGACAGUGAGGCAGAGGGAGCUCAGAGUCAGACCCAAGGAGCCACAACCUCCGAGGGGAAGCCAGCGCAGGCCGCGGGACCUUUGGAAGCGGUGGAUAAAGGGAAAAAGCUGAGGAAAACUCUGUUUUCUAGCGGGCGGAGUGACUCUCUCCCAGCCAAGCCGGAGCAGAGCCAGGUUUCUGCUCCUCUUGAGGGCAGACGCAGAGGAUGGUUUGGCUCGGGUGACUCCCAGAACAAGCCAAGGCUGGGAGUCUCUCCUAAGGUAGAGAGCAGCUCAGACACCCCCUGUCAGAUCCCUUGCUCCCCCAGUCAGCCCCCAUGCUCUCUUCCCCUUGGUUGCACUACUGGCUCGGUGUCUCCCCCUAGUGGCAAUCACACCAACCCAUUCACCCACUCUUCCCCAACACCCCCUUCCAUCUCUCCCUCCAACCCUUUCCUUACACGACUACAGCAAAACCCCUUUUUUGAGGAUCUUAUAGCUGAGGAAACACUAAAGUCUCCGACUGCUGACUACUGUUCUCCUAAUUCCGGUUUUUAUCAAUAUCCAGUCGGAUGCAGCCCCCUCCGCAAUGGAGCACAGAACAAAAUGUCUGCAAUAAAAAGAGAAAGACCCAGAAGUAUGUCUAGACAGAGAUCUCUUCCAGCUAUUAUGCCUGAGACACCAGAUCGAAACUCGAACACUAAUCCGAACCACUCUCUGUCUGAGAGGGCUGGGGAAUGGGAUGAUUUUGAAGCAUUUGCCACCAGCCGGCUAAAAUCACCAAGUGAUACUCCAACCAGACCUCCAUCUGCACCGUUUCUCUCACAGGUAGCAAAUACAAACCAAUGUGUGAACAACAAAGGGAACAUUGGUUCAAGGGUUGAUGAAGUUGACAUGGGAGUUCCAAGGCCAUGGGAUCUGCCUCCUCUACCACCACGUAGACCCAUGAGGACCCAAGGGAUCACCACGGACAGCUGGUUGGAUAGAGCCCAAGAACUGGCUGUGCAGAAAGAAGCCUGCUUUCUUUCCCAGACUGACUUCGCUUCCCUGCAGCAUGUGAGAGAUGGAGACUUGAAGAGGAACUCUCAGAUUUUAUGUUCAGAUAAAGAGUUGCACCAUAUAUCUUCAUUAGGGUGUAACAAGACGGGUGCAGAGUUGCACAGCGGUAUCAGACAGAACGAAUUCGUGGUUGAGGAAGCAAGGGGUCAUGAUUUUGCCACAAACAACAAUGCUAACGGCUCACCGAAUGGUUUCGGUGAAGAUGCACUCGGAAGUUCUGAAUGUGAGUACACAGUACCUGAAACUCUUUGUUUCCCGUCUGACUGGGAAACAACAGUGACCGAAUCGCUUUGCAGUUCACCUCAGAACCAACUGAACCAUGAUUCAGAAUUGUCCGGUGAAAUAAAGAUCUCCAAUGAACAACAAUGCAAGACUAAAAUCAAUGGCGUCGGUUUGUUGACCCUCUCACCUAGAGAUUCGAACAACAACACAGAAAGUACUUCAGAGUUUGCUUUUAUUGAUUCUGGAAGUUCACAGUCUGAUUUGCAGCUGCCUUUUGAAAUAAACAAAGAUGGUGUUAAAUCAUUCAAAGAUUGUUCAGAUUUGCACUCAAAUGGUUCCUCGCUUCCCAGAUGCUCCCCAGGAUUACCAGAGAAUAUAAUGUGCAGAAUGGCAUCAGAGUUGGAGAUGUUUUCACCAAAAAGCACCCGUAAUAAUAUCACAUCGCUUUUGUAUGACUCACCAAACCAUAACCAUUGCUCGUCACCUUUUGAGAGACCUUGUGAAGAACUGGGAGUACAGAAGGUCGACUCUUGUGAACACCGAAACACUGCUUCAAACCUUAACUGUGAGUCUCCCAAUGUUGCUGACGUUCCCCUCAACAAAGAGAUCACUGUGAUCACUCAAACGUGCUCAAGCAAAGAUAACACUGUGACAAUGCAAAUCAAACAAGAAGUAGCAGAAGACAAUGACUUGCACACUACACAUAAUCAUUUAACAGAAAGUAACCUGAAUUCUGAAGUCUGCUUCUUAAAAAACAAUGAGGCCGAGGAAUCUUGUUCAACGCUGGAGGAACAAAUAAGCUUCGAGGACUUGCAUGCUAGAGUAGCUCCAAGAAACUCCAGAAGCCCCUAUAAAACAGAAGUAAAAUCAGCCCGUAUCAGACCGCGCUCAACCACAGGCUCACCCAAAACCGUCUCGGGUGCCGAUUCCCUCCCAGACUCUCCUCAUCUUGCGUUGCAUGAUCCUUCCCCGUCACCCACCCCAUCAGCUGCUACAAAUUCCUGUCUCCACCCUGACCCUUCCCUUCCUGCGAACCCCUCAGUCGAGUUGCCCAGCAUGGGUUCCACAUGCUCCUCCACCGCCCAGCCCCACGUUGAUGCACUGCUCUCCCUCUCACCUGAGGAGACACAGCCAGCUAACGUCCUCCUGCCCCAUGAGGAGAGCAGUCCGCACCCAGUGAAACCCUUGACCAACACGACUCUGCAAGGAGAGAAGAAACCUGAAAGCCGCUCAGUGCUGGAGAAACUCAAGUCCACCAUCAACCCCGGACGAUCUGCGCCUCCAACCACUGCUGAGGAUGAGAAAAACCAGCUGGCUCUGAUGGAGGCUCGGGCUCAGUACCAGAACAUGACGAACAUGGAGCUGAUAGCCCUGCUGCUUCAGCAGGAAAUGGACGUCAAGAAGCAGCGGGCUGAAACUGAAGUGCAGGUGGCGUUAUUGGAGAAACGCGAGGCCGAACUGAAGAAGAUGAAGGUUCAGGUCAGAGACCUGGAGGACUACAUUGACAAGCUGCUGGUGCGCAUCAUGGAGCAGACGCCGACCUUGCUGCAGGUACGCGCCAGACCAAAAUGACUACAGUGACCUGCUCCGUCCCGAGAACACCUCAUAUUGAUCUAAAGCCAUUUGUGAUGCUCUUAUUAAAUUUCAAAACUGCCAGAUUCACGUAGACACGAUAGCGCUUUGCAUGCUUCUCGUUGGAUUUCCCAAUCCCGUCGUUGAGUUUUAGCAUACUCCUGGUCAUGCUAUGAGCACAAGGCACUGGUUAAAAGUAAAAAAAAAAAUAAUAAUAAUAAUAAUAUGUGCAAUCAGAUUUUGUUGAUCACAUGUAGAUGUAAAUAUUCAUAGAAUCUACACGAACAUGUCUUCCUCAUAAAUAUGCUAACUUUCGUAAUAGGAAAUACGGUCUGGGAUCUGGAUGCAUUCAAAAUGCCAAACAAACUAUCUCUAAAGUUAUAAAAAUCCACAAAUGCGAGUAAAAAAGCACUGCCUUUUAUUAAUUGACUACAAUUUAACACUAAUUUUUCCUCAUAAUUGGACGUAUUUGGAAUAAAAUUCUAAAAUAACACCAAAAACAAAAACUCGGGACACUUCUCAAACUUCCAUAUCUUAGUAUUUCAAGAAAAUAGUGUUUCAGAUUUAUAGAUACGGUAUUAAAACGAAUACGUUACGUGAAUCCAGAGAUUUAAAAACUGUAAUAUUUAAUACAUAAUAUGUAGUCUGUUACACCUUGUGUUAAAGUUGAUGUAAAAAAAAAUGCUUUAGAUAAUAUUAUGUAAAUGUAAAUAAAUAUCUUACUACUUGAUAGCUUUUAAAGCACCUUAAUACGCAUUAUGCAAAACCAUUGUGCUUGAGCCAGUCAGCUAUGCCUCAUAGAAACAGAUAUUAGUGCAUGCUCACUUCCAUCAAGCACUCGCACAAAAGCAGAACUUGUUUCUGCAAACAUGUAAGCUAUGCAAUACAACCCGCUAAUCCGUAGCUUGAGAUAAUAUAUGCUACACUAAAAAUAUAUCCAUGAAGCCUUAGCACUGCAGUACACAUACAUCAUUGCUAAAGUAGCAGAUUUAGUGAUAUGCAAACGCCACAGCUUUCUAAAACACAAAAACUAUGGAAGAGCUGUUGUUUGUUUUACUGCAUUGUAACUUUUUGUCGUGUAAGAGUGGCUUUAUCAUUUUCUCUUGAUACUCGUUCUGAUUGUGUUUUAUACCAUUGUUUUUGUUCUGUUUUCAAAGAGUUAUGUGUGACUUUUGUUCAUUAUACAGUAUUUUCUUGGUUGAUGUUUCCUGAUUUAUUAGGCUGAUAAAAACAAGAUUGUCAAAAGAGGAUAUCAGUUCUAUGACUUAGUAUUGGAUGUAAAGGAAGUACAGGGUUGUUGACUCGAGGCAUCAUUUUUGUGUAUCACCAAAAAUACGUUCUAAAAUAAAAUACAUACAACUUUUUUUUUUUUUUUUUAGUUUGGGUUUCAGCAGGUUUUGCAGGAAAGAACCAGGUAUCACUGUGAUUCUAGAGUGUUGCUGAUUCAUUUUGCCUUUUAUUUCCCAUUUUUCAAUGUGCCUCUGUGGAUUUAUUUGACAACAUUCGCAUUUGUAUUUUUUUUAUUUGUAUUUUUAUUUAUUGCUAAUUAUUUCAAGCAGCUUCAUUUUCAAAGUUAUUUGAAAAUAAAGUUUUAAAAUCAUCUGUCGUG